AUGCGGAAGCCAUCGCUCACUGAGAUUGUGUACGAGACGCUCUUCCCUCGUCAGCGCUCUGGUGACCCUGGGUCCUUUGCCGCCCACAUCACUCGUAACCUUGUCCCGGAGGUGCGAGUGGAAACAAAUUCUUUCUAUGGACCCCUCGACUGCAUUGAAGCCCAAUAUCCGGGCUUGGACUAUGCCUAUCCACCCCACCGCGUCCGACUCAGCCGCUUCCAAUGGCACCGCCGCCUGUUCCGCGCAUUCGAUGAACUCAAGCUGACUGAAGAGGAAAUCUUGGACCUAUGCUGCUGGGAGGGCACCAAGUCCGCGCGCAACCGCUAUGAGUUGGAGGAAGGCAUCACAGUGCGGGACACGACUGGCGAUGCGACCCGCGUUGCAACACCGACCCCUCCGCCUGCAGUGACAAUCCAUCCUGACUUCUAUACCUUGACGGAGGAGCCAGAAGAGGAGGACUACUAUGACACACUCGAGACCGGGAGUGACGACACUGUACGCGCGAGCAGCUCACGUACCUCCAGUGUUCUCGCCGACUUCCCUCCCUCAUUCGGCGAAGACGAGUUCAGCGACGAGGAAGUGGAGAGCUGUGGCCUGGCCCUCAACAAUCGUUUGUUGGCUGCCACGGCUGCACGAGCUCAAGGUGUCAACGUGCCUGUCGAUGAGGUUUACGAACAGUGGCUGAAAGAUAACAACGAGCGUCGCGGCUACGGCUGGAUGAUGGCGGCUAUUCGAGCUAACCAACCAUUGGAUAACCCCGAGGCCGCAACCUCAUCAUCACCCUCUAGCCCGAUCACUGAUGACUUUGGACCACGCGUCCAGGUGAGACAAGUAGAGGAAGCCAUUCGAUCUGCUAGUCUUGCGGCUGCAAGGAACGCGGCUGAAGCCCGACAUGCGCGAUAUCCAGAGCCACCAGAGAUUACAAACUAUUCGUAUGUGACGACACCUCGACACCAUCUGAACUAG